AUGAUAUUUGGUCGUCGCCAUCCAGAUAAAUUAAGUGAUGGAGCAUCAACGCCACUUCAACUUGUUCGUUUACAAAUUGAACAAAAAGUCGAUGGAAACUUUCCGUUUAUUCAUCAAAUAUCUACGACAAUGACAUUUAAGAAUACACAUCAUAUAAUUGUAGAAGGUGCUUUCGAAUUUACUUUACCAGAAAAAGCAACUAUUUGUGGUUACGGUCUUGAUAUUGAUAAUGUUAUUGUCGAUGGAGUAGUCGUUGAAAAACAAGCUGCUCGUAUCAUGUUUGAAAAAGAAGUACGGAAACGAGUUGAUCCCGGCUUUGUUGAAUUAGUUACAGGAAAUUUAUUUCGUACACGAGUUUAUCCAAUCGCACCACAACAGACACGUACUGUUCGUGUUAUAUAUCAAGAUCAAGCCAUCACACACAAUAAUGGCUUUCUUUAUCAGAUACCGGUUCAAUUUCAAACGCGGCUUGAAAGUUUGGAUGUUGUUCUUACAUGUUAUGGUCAAGGAACAGUCAUACCGAGUUUCGUAACUAAUUCUAAUGGAACGAAAAUUAACUAUCCACAAUUUGUCAGUCAUAACGAUGGAAAAUAUACUGCUGAAUUACAUUUAACUACUGUUGAACCAUCUGCUGAAAGUGAACAAAUACUUUCCUAUAUAUUACCUGAUUCUCUUAAACCAGUGAUGAGUACGGUCGAAAAAGACGCGUCUAUUGGUGCAUAUUUUGCAAUAAGUUGUGCUUUACCAACACCAAAUCAACUAAGAACUGAUCAACUUGAUAUUCCGUCGAAGAGAAUUUGUAUUCUAUGGGAUGCAAGUUUAAGUCGUUCGAACUCAAAAGAAAAUCGAACAUUAGAAUUGGAUGCAUUAAAAAAAAUCUUUGAUACAUGGUUAACACGUUUUAAUAAAAUUGAAAUAAUUAUUAUUAUAUUUCGAAAUGAUAUGAAUGAACCAAUAAUAUUUCAGCUUCUGUCUCAUAAUUGGAAUGAUUUUAUGCAAAAUUUUCAAGAUAUACCAUAUGAUGGUGCAACAAAUCUAUCACAAUUAUCGUCGAUUCAUUUCAUACAACCAAUCAAUUAUUAUUUUAUUUUCAGUGAUUGUAUAUCAACAUUAACUAAUGAUUCCACGACAGAAAAUUUAUAUUCAAAUUUUAAAGCACCAAUAUGGAUAUUCAAUGGUAAUCAUCUGCAUGAACCAUUCGAUUUUGAUUUCAUGCGUUAUUUAACUCAAUGCAAUGGAAACGGCGGAGGCUAUCUAAAUCGUGAAAAAUUAGAAUUAACAUCAAAUAAUUUAACAAACAUCAUUGAAACGAUUCAAAUUCAAUAUAUGAAACUUCAUUCAAAUUCAAAUGUACAACAGAUAUAUCCAAGUAAUGCCACAUCGCUUCCAUUGAAUUUAGAUCGAUUUCUUCUAGUGGGACAAAUUCCACUGCCACUACCGAAUGCAAUUCAAUUUGAACUCGAAUUUUCAAUGAAUAAUCAAACAUCUCGUUUACCGAUUUCACUUGAUCUAUCAUUAAUUCAAUCGGAUUCUAUUGGUUUAAUACGGCGUUUAUGGGCGCAAGAAAAAUUAAAUGAAUUAAAUGCAUUUAAAGAUAAAUAUAAAUCCGAUAUAUUAUCACUUGGAUUAGAAUAUUCAUUAGUGAGUCAAUUUACAUCCUUGUUAGUGCUUGAAACACUUCAGCAACAUCUUCAAUAUCGCGUAUGUCCAGCUAAAUCACGCACUUUACUUUACAAUCAAUAUUUACAAUAUCAAACAGUAGCACAAAAUAAAAAAGCAAAUAAUAUAUCUCAAGUAAUACAAAAAUGGAAUCAAACAUGUCAAUGGUACGAUAAAGUUAUUACUGAUGUGGAUCGUCAUCGAGCUUAUUUAUCAAAAUCAACACCAGUGAACACAUUCACAAUAUUAUCUUCGCCUAAUGUCUUUGGAUCGGUCACACCUCACUCUUUUUCUUUCGGUUCAGCGAGUACUUCAACCACAAUCCCCUCCUCUUUUUCAAACCCGGCCCGUCCAUUGUUUAGUUUUGGUGGUCAAACAAGUAUUGCAACUAGUAGUGCAUCAUCCGGUUUUGGUUCAAAUGCUCCUUUCUCGGCUCAUACUUCAUCCAGUAUGCCAAUCUUUGGUGCUUCUACUUCAUCAAAACAAUUAAUUACUUCAAAAAAUCUAUCAAACGCAUCUUCAUCAUCUUCAUCGGAAGAAACAUCUGCAAUCAUCUUUAAUGAAUAUAAUCCUCAAGCACCAUAUAUAACACGAAUAUCUUCGUCAAGUAAUGUAACAAAUGCAUAUUCAAUUUAUCUUAGUGAACGAACACUCAACCGUCAAUCACCAUCAUUUUAUUUUGAUAUUGCAUCGCACUUUUUUUCACCAAAAUCUUCCUCAUCGAUAUUAGAUAAAUUUAAUCAAAAACAAGAAAACGUUACAAUAGUAGAUAGGACAUCCAUCGAAUAUGGUUUACGUAUAUUAACAAAUAUUCUAGAAUUAGAAUUGGAAGCACCACAAUUAUAUCGAACUGUUGCCUAUAAAUUAAUGGAAUUAAAACAAUGGAGUCUUGCUUUAAGUAUUUUUCAAAAAGUUUAUUCUCUACGUUCUGACGAACCACAAUCAUUACGUGAUUUAGCUCUCGUACUUAUUGAACUUGGUCAAUAUGAUCAAGCAUUGGAAUAUUUCAAGCAGGUUCUCACUAGCUUAUGGGAUGAAAGAUUUCGAACUAUUCAAACAAUUACUGUACUUGAUUUAAAUCGGCUUUUAGUUUUAAUGAAUAAAACAAAGCCUGCAAUUGAUCAUCAACUCAUACGUCAUUUGCCACUUGAUAUUCGAAUUGUUGUUCAAUGGGAUACAGCUGAUACCGUUAUUAGACUUUCAAUUCAAGAACCAACUGGUCAAAUAUGUAACAGUACUGAUUCAUUUCAGACAGAUAUUGGCGGAUACAUCACGCCAUCAUUUGGUCAAUCUAAUCAACCCAUUGAAUAUUUACUUCGUAAAGCCGUCAAUGGAAUAUAUUCAAUCAGUUUAACAUAUAUAAGCAAUGCUCAACAUACAAUCGUAGGUGUUACUACAGCUUUAGUUUACGUGUAUAAAUAUUUUGGUUCGAUUAAUGAAGAAAAACAAAUUCAUACCGUACGAUUGACUAAUUAUAAUCAAACGAUUGAUGUUGCUCAAAUUGAAGUUGGCGAUUCGAAUUUAGAAACACUUAAAAAUGAAUUAGAAAAAAGUAAAAAUGAAUGUUGUCGUCUUCAAAAUCAAAUAAUUACUGGCAAACAACAAACACAAUCUUUAAUUCAACAUACAAAUGUAAGAUGCGAUGGAUGUUCAAUGUCACCAAUUGUUGGUGAUAGGUAUAAAUGUAUAUUUUGUCCAAAUUUAGAUUUCUGCCAUGAUUGCCAAUCAUUGGCAAAUUCUACACAUGAUGCAAAACAUCCAUUACUUUGUAUUCAUGAUUCAAGUGUAUUUGCAUCAUCCAUUUAUAUUCAGAACAUUGGUGAACUAAUUCAUUCAAAUAACACUUGCACGACAUGUUCGGUUUCGCCUAUAGUUGGUAUACGUUAUCAAUGCAUAAAAUGUAACAUUAAUUUAUGUGGAAAAUGUGAAUUUCUUUGUUUACAUGAUGUGUCACAUGUACGAUUGAAAAUUAUACAACCUCAAUAA